CUCCUUAUUUCACUCCCUCUCUGGUCUCCAGUCCAAUCGCACUAACAAAGUCGUUAAAGUACGCCUGAUCUGCUAAAUUACGCCGUUCAGAAACAUGGGCCUACUUGAUCAGCUUUGGGACGACACCCUCGCCGGGCCUCAGCCCGACAGCGGUCUCGGGAAACUUCGCAAGCACAAAACCUUCAGUUUCCGGUCCAGCUCAGCCACUGGAUCGUCAGAUGGCGGAAACGUAAGAUCGUUCGGUGGGAAUUCGCCGGAAGAGGCUAAAGUUACGCGGAGUAUUAUGAUAGUGAAGCCCCCAGGUUAUGGGAGCGGUAACGGCGGAUCAGCUCCAGUUUCGCCAGCUGGGGUUACUUCUCCAAUUUCGCCAGCUGGGUCUACGCCGCCGGUGUCCCCGUUUUCUGGUGGCAGGGAGCCAUUCGGGCGGUUUCGAAGGAAGUCAGGGUCGGAUGCAUACGAGAAGGCGAGCCAGGUCGUUGGAGGAAGGAGCGCCCGUUCUCCUUACGACGUGUGACAUAUGAAGGCUGCGUUCUUGUCCAAUCGAAAUCUUCCAUGAGAUGAAAUGAACGUGUUUUCUGUGGACGGAUCAGCCAUGCAUGGCCGAAAGGACGAAGAAACUGUUUAAUUAGGGUUUCCACGUGCUAAUAAUGUAUUGAUAUAAGUAAGCAUUUUGCAUGCUAGGGUUUGGGUGUUGUUUGUUCUGGGUUGCAAUCUAGUGAGUGCGCGACUAUAUAAAUAUAGUAGUAGUUGUUUGUAAGAUGUGAGAAUGCCGAUGGAUUUGGAGUUGGAGUUGGUAAAAUCUGAUCUCUGCUGUUUUCUGUAAAGUGAGUGCUUAAUUUUCCCUUGCAAGUUCCUGCUAUGGUGUUUGAAUAAGAAAACUAUAUUACAUCUAUAA